AUGGAUAACUAAUUUUAUAAUUAAGACUCGUUAGCAUUUGGUUCUCCUUAACCAGUAUCAUAACUAUAACCAUCAAAAGCAAUUAAGUUUGAGAAUGUAUUUAUAUUCAUUUAUUAAUAUGAUAGGUACCUUAAAAAUAAAAUAAAUUGUAAUCUAAUGUAAGAUUCAAAGAUGCUUCAAAAAAAGUUUAGCAAGAAAAAAUAGAUUCAGUCUAAAAGAUUAGACCAUCAAGUGCAUAAAAACCAGAGAAAUUUAAACCUUCGUGGAAUGAUAAAGUUGAAUCUAAACCAAAGGCAUUUGAUAAUUUGAAAAAGAAUGAAAUAUUCAAAAUUGAAACUAAAUUAUAGAAAGAAAAAAUUGAAAGAGAAAAAGAGAAUAAAAAGAGAUAAAUAGAAAAUCCACCACCUGCAGCUGUUAAAUCAUAUGCAACAAUAAAAGAUAUAGAAUAAGCAAUUAAUGAUUGUAAUUAUUGUUAUUUUAAUUAGAGUAAUAUAAGAAAGAUGUUUCUGAUAUGAAGAAAUAAAAAAGAGAAUUAGAAUAGUUAUAAUGGAUGAUAGAAUAAGAAAAGAAAUUAAAGUCUGAGUAAAAUAAAUAAUUUGAAGAAAAAUUAAGACAGUUAAAAACACAAUAACAUCCUGAGUUAGCAUAAGAUAUUAUGAAUGCUAAAAAAAAGGGUAUGGAAAAUAAAGAAUCUCCAUAUAAAACAAAAGAAUAAAAGAAAUAUGAUAAAAAUAAGUAAUUACAAAAAAAUAUGGAUGAUAUAUAUGUGGAACCUUAAUAAAAUAAUUAUCCAAUUUGGAAAGAUGGAAUUAAUUUAAUUCAUUAUGAAACUAAAAAGCCUUUAUUACCCGGAGAAUAUGAUAAAAAUGAUUUAGAUUUAGUACCUUAAAAGUAAUGUUAAUAAUAACCAUAAUAAUAAUAAGUAAGAAUAGAUGAUAAUAAAUUAAAAAAUGAAUUGAUUGAAAUUUAAAAAAGAGAAUUAUAAAGAUAACAUGAAUUAGAUGCCUUAAUAGAUAAACAUUAAUAAUUAUUGAGAACUGAAGCUUAGAAUCCAAAUAAAUAUUAUAAAGAGAUAAAUGAAAAAUUAGAUAAAAUUAAAGGAAAAGUAGAUCCAUUAAUUAAAAAAAUAGAUAGUGUAUAAAUAGAAUAUCCAUUUACAGGACAUUUGUUAGCUAGAGGAGUAUCUAAAAUGAUUUAGGUACAUUCUGAAAGAUUAACUGAAUUACUUAUUGAUGAUUUAUUAUUUGAAAUGGUAGAUAUUCUAGAUACUUUGGAAAUGAAAAAGAAAGAGGAAGAAAGAUAGAAAUAUGAAUAAAUGGCUUUAUGUGAUUAUAUAGAGGCUGUUAAAGAUAUUGCUUUGGAUUAAGAUAAAGUUGAAUAGAAUUUCUAAUAAACUAGAUAACAAUUUAUGAGAGAUAGUAUAUAUUCAUUAAUAUAUAUAUAGCAAGACUUGAUUAAUAUGUACCUGUUGAAUAAUUGGGAAGAGAUCAAUAGUUUUAUGUCAAUCCUUUAGAUCGUUUGAGAUCAAUAGAAUUGUCAAGUGGAUUUAUUAUUAAAAUUAUGGAAGAUAGAAAAAAAAGAAUAUAAUAUAUCACUUAAGAUAAAUAAUAUUACCCUAAAAAUCUUGAAUAAUUUGACUUAGUAAUUUUAUUACUUAUAAUAAUUAGAUUACUGAAACCAUACUUGAAGAAAUGAUUUGGGAAAGAGCAGCUGCAUUAUAUUAAAGUAGUGACGAAAUGGCAGAAUAAAUAUUUAUUAAUGAAUUCAAAUGA